AUGAAUGUCAAAGUCGUCCUGGAGGACAUCUUUUCGGACUUCAAAAACUGUCACGAGAAAUGUCGCUUGUGUUUCAUACCAGUUACCAAACGAUGCUCAAGAAUAAAAAUCACAGAUGAAAUACAGAACAAAAUCCAAUCUGUCUUGCAAGUUCACCUGUCAAUGGAUGGAACAGGAUCAAAAUUUAUAUGUUCAAAGUGUGAGAGCAGUAUAAGUAAUUUCCAUCUAUUUAAGUGCAAAAUAAAAGAGAAACAGAAGUUUUUUGAAAAGUUUAGUAACAAAAAAGUUAGAAAUAUUAAGGAUGAAGUGCUAUUCACAGAAGAUGUCAUCAAAACCGAAGACGAAUUGAAUGUACCAACAGAGAAAAACUUAGUUUCUCCAUUCUAUGACUUGAAAGAAGAAAUUUCUGCACCUAAAUACAAAAGUUCAAUCGAUGUGACAUUGUUAUUCAAGGAGAAUUUCAUCAAAAUCGAAGAUGAAUUAAAUGGACCAACAGAGACAAACUUGGUUUCUCCAUUCUAUGACUCGAAAGAAGAAAUUUCUGAACAAAAUUAUGAAGGUUCAAUCGAUGUGACAUUGUUAUUCGAGGAGAAUUUUAUCAAAACCGAAGAUGAAUUAAAUCUACCAGCAGAGACAGAGUUGAAUUCACCAUUUGAUGAAAUUAAAGAAGAAAUUUCUGAGGACGUACAAGAAAAUCCAAACGAUGUUAAUGAAAGUCAGAAUGUGGAGUCAAAUGAAUUUUUUUUAAGGAAGGAUCAGUCAAAACCAACAUUUAUUUCUAGUAAUGUUAGUGGAAAAGUGUUAAAAAGUGGUCGCCAACGUCAGCAAGAUCAGAAUAGGAGAUACAUAUCUAGAACUGUUUAUUGUGAUAUUUGUGGAAAAACUUGCAGAGAUUCACACUCUAUUGCAUUGCAUAUGAACACGCAUAAGAUAUAUAGAACAAAAGAUUUUCAUUGCGAAAUUUGUGGAGGUUCUUACUUUGAUGAGAAUGGACUUCGAAAACAUACACUAAAUGUUCAUAAAAAAUCAAAGCAUCACACCUGUUCAUUAUGCAGAAGAACUUUUAGGACGAAAGAGAGCUUGAAAACCCAUAUUUCAAAUCCCUGUCGUUUACCCUGUGAGGUCUGUGGAAAAAUGAUUCGGAAGAAUUCACUCAAAGCACAUUUGAAUAGAGUUCAUUUAAAAAGUAGACCAUAUCGGUGUGAUAUUUGUGGAAAGAAAUGCUGCAGCACACAUCUUUCUCAUCUCGUGACUACACAUAGUGGUUUGGAACACAGAACAAAAGAUUAUCAAUGCGAUAUUUGUAAUAAAGUUUUCUUCGAUAAGGAUGGAAUAAAAAUGCAUAUGACACAAUGUCAUGGAAAUACGAAAUUUCCAUGCGAUUUGUGUGGAAAAACUUUUAAAUGUGCGUCAUUCUUGAAACAGCAUAGUAUUAGAUGUCCAAUGAAGGUAAAUAAUUCAUCAAAAAUUGACUGUGAAACGUGUGGUAAAGUUUGUAUAGGCCCAAAUUCAUACUUAAAUCAUAUGAUUAAUGUUCAUAAAAUUGCGCCAGACAAAGAACAACUUUUAAAAACAGAUGCUUGUGAUGUUUGUAACAAACGUUUUUUUACUAAACACUCCCUACGUGAUCACCAAAGAACGCAUAGAAAAAGAAAUCUCAAUUGUGACUUUCCUGGAUGUCAGAAGAAAUUCAUAACAAAAGCGGGUAUAAGAAGACACAUUUUUACCAUCCAUAAAAAUAUCCGUGAAAAAUGUCCAGUUAGAAAUGGAUGCACCUACUCAGCAGGAAGAAAAGAUUACAUGACAAACCAUUUGAGGAAUCACAAAGAACUUUCUCAUGAAGAGCUGCAAAGUUAUUUCAACACGAUUCAAACCAUGAAUCUUAUUUAG